AUGCUCACACUCAAAUCCGCCACAUUCGGCGCCGUAUGCGCCAGCCUGGGUCUCGCCAAUGCACUGCCGCAGACCAGCAAUCCGAGUCCCCUCGAUCCUAUUGGCAAUAUCAUCUCGAACCUGACGGCUCCGAUCGAUGACGAUGUCUUGCCUGGAAUCACCUUCCUGCUGUCCAACUUCACCGCAAUUACCUACUCUAGCAGUGCGAAGAGCUGUAACAUGCCGGCUCCAGAUGGAUAUCAUACCACCGGGCCAGAGGCUGUUGGCAUGGACAGCGGGAAAUUGAAAGCCGCGCUGAGUUAUGCUGCCGUUGAUGGCUUGUUCUCUGUCAAAGUCUUUCGUCAUGGCGGCGAGGUUGGAGAGGGCUUCAGAGAUCCCUUAAUGGACCGUGGCCCGUCUCUGAACGCGGGACAGACGAAGGCAGUCGUCACGAUGAUUGUUGGAAUUGCAGUUGACCUUGGAGGGAUUGAUCUUGACGCUCCUAUUGAUCAAUACGUCGAGCCUAGAUUAGGCGAUGCUGCGCAUAGUAGUAGGACUCUUCGACAACUCAUGCAACUUACAUCUGGCGUGCAAGUCAAUCACGUCGAAGGACUCAACUUCUUUACUGACAUCUCGCGCACAAGAGAGUACUUCUCAGACACGAUUCAGCAUCCUGCCGGUGCCUACUUUCGAUUCAACGAGAUCACACCAUCCGUUGUCGUGUACUGUGUGGAGCGCGCCAUCCAAAAGGCGCCAGGAACGAAAAUCGAUUUCCAGACCUUCGCGCAGCUCGCUCUGUUUGAUCCAUUGGGCAUCCCCACCAGCUCUUACUUCUGGCAAAAAGAUCGCUCAGGCACCACCACCGGCUACUCUGGGCUCUAG